AUGCCAAAACACAAACGAGUGGGAAAAUAUGAACUCUUUGAAAAACUCGGUGAAGGAAACUUCUCCAAAGUCAAGAGAGCCAUCGACACAGAAACUCAAAUACAAUAUGCCAUUAAAAUUGUUGACAUUUCAUCAGUAGCAAAAGAAGGCAUGGAAAAACAAGUGAGAAACGAAAUUUCUGUUCUCAAACAAAUCAAACAUCCCAAUGUCGUACAACUGAAAGAAGUCCUCAAAUCCGCCAACAACAUUUAUAUCGUGAUGGAAUUGAUCACAGGAGGAGAAUUAUUCGACAAGAUUGUUGCAGCUCGUAAAUUUAACGAAGACAUUGCUCGUCGUUAUUUCCAACAACUCAUUGAUGGUAUCGCCUAUUGUCAUUCGUGCCGUAUUGCUCACCGAGAUUUGAAACCCGAGAAUUUACUGUUGGACUCUCAUGAUAAUUUGAAAAUUACUGAUUUCGGUCUGAGUGGUAUGAUGAAACAGGGAGUCAUGUUGGAAACCAUUUGUGGAACUCCUCAUUAUGUGGCACCUGAAGUAUUAACGGGUAAUUAUGAUGGCUUCAAAGCCGAUAUUUGGUCAUGUGGUAUCAUUCUUUUCGUCAUGCUUUCAGGAUGCCAUCCCUUCGAUGGUGAAACUGUGAAUGAUCUCUUCAAAAGAAUUGAAAAUCUAGAAUUUAAAUAUCCUUCACACUUUUCAAAAGAAGUUCGUGCUCUUUUGGACAAGAUUAUUGUGGUGGAUCCAAAUAAGCGAGCAACCAUUGCAGACAUUCGAUAUGAUCCUUGGUUUAAGGUCAAUUAUCAUGGCACUUUGGAUUCCAUGCUAUCGAGUGUUCCAAAUUCUGCAGCUGAUUUAUUACCACCUGUCGUUAUUGGAGGAGAUAGUAGCAGCAGCAGCAACACACAACAACAUUCUGGAGUUCCUUCUUCCUCAACCACCACGACACCACCAGGAACACAAGAAUCAUCGACGGGAACUUCAAGCAGUGGCACUGAAACUUUGAAUGCCAAUACGACUCUCAUCGUUCCUCCACCCAAUCAAAUUGUGGUCAAUAAGGAAGACAUUGAAAAUGCUGUUCAAGAUGUUGAAAUUACUCAAGACGAUGAAGAGAGAUAUCGAAUUCAAGAUCCCAAUCAACAAAGAGGUAGAGCAAGAGGAAACAAGAUUGAUCCUUCUCGUCGUCGUAUUAUGAAUGGUAACAAUGCAGAACGUAUGUCGGUUCGUAUGCAAAAUAUGGAACAAUUGAAUGCCUUUGAGUUGAUUGCUGUCAUGAUGAGAGGAAAAUUGAAUCCACUCGUGUCGAAACAUUUCACAAGACGUGCCAAUCGUUUCUCAACGUGUGGUCAUCCCGAUGAUCUCUACGAUCGAAUGAUUCAAUUCUUGCAUGAGAAGAAAUUUAUUGUACGUCCCAAAGAGACUGAAUAUGAAUUUAAGGCAACCAUGAAAAACAAAUUGAACGAGAUGAAUUUUGCAGUUCAAUUCUUUAUUGUAUCAUUUGAGAUGAUUAUUGUUGAAGUGAUUCGAUUGAAAGGAAAUAUUUUGAAAUUCCAAGAAAUCUUCCGUGAAAUGCAAUCCCUCUUUGACUAUGAAGCACAAAAGAAGAUGAUUCCACAUCACAUGGUUGCAAGUAAUAGUAGCAGCAGUACCAAUAGCAACAAUAAUCAUACCAUUAGUGUGACAAGCAGUAGUAAUAAUAACAACAAUGGUGAUCACAACAACAAGUAA